CGUCAUACAUUUCUCUCUCUCUCUCUCUCUCUCUCUCUCUCUCUCUCUCUACCAAUAUACAUAUAUAUACACAUAUCUAUGUCUUCAUGUUUUUUUGUUUUUGUUUUGACAAUUCAUCCCAUACAAACUUCUGACUGACUCAUUCAUUCAUUCUUUCGAUACUUGAAACAAAAUUCUCAUGGCGUUUUCCAGUAAGUGCGCUUCGACUUUGCUUCUGUUGAUACUGGUGUGGGGUUAUCACUGCAGUUGCUGCGAAGGAUUCGGUACCUUCGGAUUCGAUGUGCAUCACAGGUACUCUGAUACGGUGAAGGGGAUACUUGACGUAGAUGGAUGGCCUGAGAAAGGCAGCGUCGAUUACUACGCCGCCAUGGCCCACCGCGACCACCUCCUCCGCGGGCGCCACCUCGCCGCCACCGCUGGUUCUGCUCCGCUCACCUUUUCCGGCGGCAACGAGACUUUCCAAAUCGAAUCCUUUGGAUAUUUGUACUAUGCAAAUGUAACUGUGGGGUCUCCGGGCUUGUGGUUUCUUGUGGCACUCGACACUGGAAGUGAUCUGUUUUGGUUACCGUGUGAUUGCGGUAACAAUUGUGUUCAUGGCUUGAAGAGCACAUCAGGACAAGUGUUAGAGUUAAAUAUUUACAGCCCUAAUACAUCAUCAACAAGUGCGGCAGUUUCCUGCAACAGUACCUUUUGUGGACAACCAGGACAAUGCUCUUCGACACGUAAUACUUGUGCCUAUAAGAUUCAGUAUCUAUCCAAUGAUACUUCAUCUACUGGGGUCUUGGUAGAAGAUAUCUUGCACUUAACUUCAGAUGACAGUCAAUUAAAAGUUGUUGAUGCACAAGUUCCAUUGGGCUGUGGCAUAGUUCAGACUGGUUCAUUUUUGGAAGGUGCAGCUCCCAAUGGCCUAUUUGGCCUUGGUAUGAAUGACAUAUCUGUUCCCAGCGUUUUAGCGAGCAAGGAGCUCACCGCAAAUUCUUUUUCCAUGUGUUUUGGACCUGACGGAUUGGGAAGAAUGAGUUUUGGAGAUACAGGCAGCUCAGGACAAGGACAAACUCCUUUCAAUGUUGAACAAUCAACUCCAAUUUACAAUGUUACCGUGACACAAGUUAGCGUGGGAGAUAAUGUCACUGAUAUCAGUUUCAGUGCAAUCUUCGACUCUGGUACCUCUUUCACAAAUUUAAAUGACCCAGCUUACACAAUGAUCUCUGAGAGUUUCAAUUCCCAGGCCAAAGAGAAAAGGCAUUCUUCUAAUUCUCAGAUCCCUUUUGAGUAUUGCUAUGAUCUAAGUGCAAAUCAGAGCAGCUUUGAGAUUCCCAAUGUGAAUCUUACAAUGAAAGGUGGAGACAAAUUCUAUCUCACUGAUCCCAUAGUAAUGGUCUCUUUUCAGAAUGGAGGUUAUGCAUAUUGCUUGGCCCUUGUCAAAAGCGAGGAUAUAAAUAUCAUUGGACAAAAUUUCAUGACCGGCUACAGUAUGGUUUUUGAUCGCGAAAAUAUGGUUCUGGGCUGGGAGGAAUCUAAUUGUUAUGGCACUGAAACAGGUACCUUUUACCCACCGGGAUCUAGUGCAGUGCCUCCUUCAUCUCUGAAUCCAGAAGCCACAUCAAAAGGUUCCCCUAAUACCAGUCCCUCUCCACCCAACGAUUCAACCCGCUUGACAUCUUCCAUUUCAACCCUAUUCGUGGUCAUUUUCACCGUUCUUAUCCAUUUUGCGAUCAUUGGUUCAUCCUGAGGCUUAUUAGCCACGAUAGCAUAGUUUAUCGGUUCUCAUUUUUUCCCCCCUCAUUGGGUGAUUUGUUUGCAGUUUGAUACACAACAUACAGGAAGCAUUUGCUGGCUUCCUAUAGCUUUAGUAUAUUCGUUAUCAAUUUGAACCUGCUGUUGUAUAUAUACAUAUGAUUUUGAUCAUAGUAAUUGAGAGAGGAUUUCUUUACCUUUGA